AUGUAUUUACGGAUUAACGGUUGCCGGGUAAAAUUAAAAGCGUUGGUUAACAAUAAAAGCAACGUUAACUUAUUGUACAGCCGUUUUUUAAUGGAAGCAGGAAAAAUACCGGUGCUAAACGGGGGUUAUUUAGCGUGGUUCGAUACCAAAAAACGCAUGCUUACGCUAAAGUUAAUAAUGUUUUACGUAAUGGUGCCCCAAACCGGGUUUUCGGUAACCAUUAAAAAAGUUAAAAUAAUUUCGUUGGAAAUAAUUAAAAAGCUAAUCCAAUUAAAACAAACGAUAACCGUAUUA